CACGUCCAUAGCUAGUUCUUUCCAUAAGCGAAUCUUAUGAUGUUAAUGUAUAAUGUAUAUUAUUGUUUAUUCCUCUCUUCACUGUUGUGGGAAACGUAAUGAAUGCUUUACUAUUGAUAUUUGAUAGUGAUCGUAUUUUAUUCGUAACUCACAAACGAUUGAAUUUUUAAUUUUAGCCAUAAACGAAUGAUUUUAUUUUUGUUUUUACCAUACAUCUUUAAGUUUAAUUCUUCUGUGAUCUCAACCGUCGCAAUGUUUAAAUGAUCAUCUGCGUACCGAACGUAAUUCUUUUGGCAACACUUUGUAUUAUUUCUCAACGGUCCGCAGUUACUUACGUUUUACAACUAUAUACUGGCUAUUUAGUGUUUAUUUGGUUUAUAUUUAUUACGUUCCUAGCAGAUUUUAGUGUUAUAGAACAAACGAAAAUACAAUAGACACAUUAUUGUAUAGGUACUGAUUAUAUUUGUGGAAUAUCAACUAAUUAUAAUAUAAUGUAUUGAAAUUUAUGAUUCAAUAUGUCACUACUCAUAAAAUCUGAACCUGACAUUGUGGAGUUGUCAUCAGAUGAAGAAUCGAUGGCACUGUUGAGUAAUGGACCUCCUAAUACUGAGCACGGAUCUCCUAAUACUGAGCGUGGACCGCCAAAUGCUGAGCCUGGACCGCCAAAUACUGAGCGCCCUUCAACACCAGAUACACAAUGUUCAAUUUGUCUUGAUGAUUUAACCAAUAAAUGUUAUUCAAAUUCCUGUUGGCAUUUAUUCUGUUUUGAAUGUUUAAAACGAUGGUCAAUUUCUGAACCAACUUGUCCGUUAUGUAAGAAAGCUUUCAACUUUAUUUAUCAUUCAUUUAAUGAUCUGGGUGUCCAUGAAACAUAUAAUGUUCCUUUGCAAGCCAGAGCACCGUCUUUUUUUAGACCAAGAAUAUUCAUACGGCCAUAUAGUGAAAUGACAGAUGAUGUAAACAGAAUGUUCAGAAUGAAUUUGUUCAUGGAUAUUGUCCGUAGAAAUGAGAGAAUGAUAAAUAACAUUCAUUAUUUAUAUGACCCAGACUAUAAUCAUAAUGACAAUGGUCGACUUUUUGAUGCGAAUCAAGAUUAUUCACGUCCUACCUUACAAAGACCUAUCAUGGGUCAAGCAACGAGAAUACGAGUGUAUGUUGAAAAUGCGUGGGCUGAACCAUUACCUGAUUUGAGUGGUCGUUUCAGAGAUUGUAGUUCGGCUUUCUAUCGAAAUAACCCGGCUCAAACAUAUAGGUUACAUGCAUUCAUCCUUAGAGAUCUUGUUGCCAUAAGAGAAACUGCAAGAAUAGAGGGUGAACCCGUUCCUCUUUUGGAGAGUGCUGAUGUUUCUGUGACAAAUUUAAUCAUGCGAUCACUUUCAGCUUAUGAAAUAAGAGAGAUUCAUAUGAUUAACAUCUUAAGACCUUUUCUGUUUCGGCAAACAACACAUUUUUGCCAUGAACUAUAUAAUUUUGCUAAUAGUCCAUAUGACAUAGUUGGCUAUGAUCGUCACGUUCAAUAUUCCUUUCGAACUAGAUAUUCACCUUCAUCAAGUCCACCAUAUCCAGUUAGAUUAAUUGCGCCAAAUUUUAUAACAAUGAUGGAACCCCCACCAACCGCAUUACCAAUUCCAGCAGCAGAUCCAUCUCGGCGAGUUAUUGGUGAAACAAUUGUAUUGGAUUCAGAUAAUGAAGAAGCUCAAUUGCCAAUAUUGGAAGUUAUCGUUGUUAGUUCUAGCGGCGAUGACUCUGAUGUUGAAAUUCUAAGUCACUCCUUCCGUUCUAUCGAAGCACGUAAUCCUGCUUCAAUAGACCAACCAUCUACAUCUACUGGAAUUCGACAUUCAUUAGAUCGACCAAAUAAUAGGUAUAAUUUAAGGAGACGAAGAUUACUCUCGCCAACUAUAAGUGAUUCUUCAAGUUUUAUACGUCCACACAGUUCUGUACACGGUAUGCCUCGAGUGAUUUAUCCAUCUCAUGCAAGAAGAAGAAGGCCCUCUCUAGAUUCUUCAUCAGAUGAUGAAGAAUUAAUUACUGCUACUCGAAGUUCUCAAGCUACUCGUGCAAAAUCUAAAGAUAAUAAUAACAAAAAGAAAAGAAAACCAAAAAAAAAUAAAAAUAAAAAAAGAAAAUUAAACAACGAUUCAAGGUCUGAAAUCCGUAGUACCAACAGAAGUCGUUCAUAUUCAGGAUCCUCCUCAUCUUCGGGUGAUACAGAUAUAAGACCAAAUCACAGUCAUACUGAUAUUAUACUAUAAACUUAUAUUAAAUUGUUUAAAGGAAGAAUUUUUGUAUUUGUCUGACCUUGGACCUUAAAAAGAUCAACACUAUGAAGUUUUUUAUAGUUACUUACCAUAAAAAGUUACUAGUUUAAUUAAAUUAAAUUGUAACACUAAAGAUUUAUGAGCAAAAAGUGAUAAAUUAUUUAUUAUUUAUAUGUUUUAAAUAACUUAACUAAAAUGUUAUGUAUAUAUUAUUAUAAUUUAUAAUGUAUGCAUUAUGUAAUCACAGUAGAAG